AUGGAGUAUGUUCAGAGAAUAUUCAGGAUAACAUCCAAACAACCAUUCGAUAUUUCGAAGAAAAAUUUGUAUCGAGGAAUUUCAUCUGAAUACUAUAAACGAUCGCUUUUUCGUUGCUACCAACGUUUUGUUAGUAGUAGCACGGUCCUGUAUGAACAGCAAGCUAUUACUACGAAGUUGGCAGUGGAGAAGUAUCAGAGACUAACUCCCCUAAAACAUAUACUUUAUCGACCAGAUAGUUAUAUUGGUCCCACUUUCUUAUCUGACGAACAACCGAUUUAUGUUUACGAUGAUAUCACGAAACAAAUAUUAAAAAAAGAAGCACGGAUUGUUCCUGGCUUGUUGAAAAUCUUUGAUGAAAUUCUGGUUAACGCAGCUGAUAACAAAAGGCGAGAUCCACAAAUGACUACUAUCGCUAUUAAUAUUGACAAAGAAAGGAAUACAAUAUCAAUUUGGAACAAUGGCCGUGGAAUACCAGUGGAGAUUCAUCCAAGAGAAGGAAUCUAUGUUCCUACGAUGAUUUUUGGCACCCUAUUCACUUCAUCUAAUUAUGAUGAUUCUGAAUUGAAAAUAGUUGGUGGUAGAAAUGGAUUUGGCGCUAAGCUGUGCAACAUAUUCAGCACGGAAUUUUCAGUAGAAACUUGUACAAAACAGUCUGGACUGCGUUUUUUUCAAUGUUGGCGGAAUAAUAUGAACGACGUAGAUGAUCCGAUCAUCAGUGAUGCUAGCACAAAUGCGUCCGACUAUACUUGUGUUACAUUUAAGCCGGAUCUAAGCAAGUUUAAGUUAUCAACCCUGGAUGAAGAUACGAUACAAGUAAUGAUAAGAAGGAUUGUGGAUAUUGCCGGCACUCUUGAUGGUGUUAAUGUGUUUCUAAAUGGGACUAAAAUUGAAGUUUCAGGAUUCAAAGACUACGUAAAACUAUUUUCAACGUAUACUGGUGAAAGUGUUGAGAAUUCCACGGUUCCGUCCUAUUGCAGUGUUAAUGAUCGAUGGCAGAUUGCUGUGGCACGAAGUGAUACUGGAUAUAAUCACAUUAGUUUUGUUAAUAAUAUCAAUACUUUGAAGGGUGGACGACAUGUGGAUUAUAUUGUGAACCAGAUAGUGUCAAGAUUAAAACACGAAAUAAAUCAACGCUACGGUUGCGAUAAAUUCAUAAGUGCACACCAAAUUAAAAAUCGACUUCACAUAUUUGUGAAUUCAUUGAUAGAGAAUCCUGCGUUCGAAUCGCAAUCAAAAGAAUAUCUUACAACAUCAGUGAAGAAUUUCGGUUCAACAUGUAUUGUACCAGAAUCAUUUUACGAAAAUUUCAUUAAAGAUAGCGACAUUAUCCAUCAUUUGCUCUGCGACAUUAGUCAACAGCAUACGACUUCAUUGAAUCGCUCCAUGAACCGAUCUUUGUGGGAUUUAUCGAAACUUGAAGAUGCAGCUGAUGCUGGUACUAAGAAUGGUUGCAAUUGCACAUUAAUCAUAACGGAAGGUGAUUCGGCUAAAGCACUUGCGGUUGCUGGUCUCGCUGUAAUUGGACGGAAACAAUAUGGUGUUUUUCCGAUUCGAGGAAAGUUGACAAAUGUUCGAGGGAUGGAUGCUAAAAUGGCUGUCGAAAAUGCUGAAAUCUCGGCUCUUGUACGGAUAUUGGGGUUAAAAUUUGGUGAAAAUUAUAGUAGCCAUGAAAAAUUAAAAUCUUUGCGUUACGGGCGAUUGCUUAUCAUGACAGAUCAGGAUCCGGAUGGAUCACACAUCAAGGGAUUGAUUGUGAAUUUUUUGCAUGUGUAUUGGCCGUCGUUACUUAAAGCUAAUUAUGUCAGUUAUUUCAUUACACCAUUAUUGAAGGCAAAGCGUGGAUCCGAUAUAAAGUCAUUUUAUAGUACAGCCGAUUAUGAAAAAUGGCGAGCAGAAAAUCCUGAUUCAGUGAAGUAUUCGAUAAAGUAUUAUAAAGGAUUGGGGACAUCAUCAGCUAAGGAAGCACGAGAAUACUUUAACGAUAUUGAACGACAUACAGUAAAUUUUAUUUACGAUGGUAAAAUCUCAGACGAAAGUAUUGAACUUGCAUUUGCCAAAAAUAAAGCUGAUGAUCGAAAAGUGUGGAUUGCUGAAAGCAGUAAGCUGCUAUUAUCAACUGCAGUUGAUUCAAAUCGCAAUCAGAAAACUUUUUCCGAAUUUGUUAACGAAGAAUUAGUGGAAUAUUCACAACUAGAUCUGCGGCGUUCUCUACCAAACGUUGUGGAUGGAUUGAAACCAAGUCAGCGAAAAGUUUUGUUUACAAUGUUUGGACGUUAUGAACGUGGUGAAAUACGAGUAAGUCAACUAGCGGGUGCUGUUUCACAGUAUUGUGGAUAUCAUCAUGGAGAAGAAUCUUUGGUAAAUACGAUCGUUCGUUUAGCUCAAGACUUUGUUGGUUCCAAUAAUUUAAAUCUUCUUUUACCUCUUGGUCAGUUUGGUACACGUUUAUCAGGUGGCGAAGAUGUGGCAAGUGCACGAUAUAUUUAUACUUCUCUAAGCCCACUUGCGCGAGCAAUAUUUCCGCAUCCAGAUGAUAAAGUUCUGAAAAACUUAGUGGAAGAAAACGCACUCGUUGAACCAGAAUGGUAUUGUCCCAUAAUUCCUAUGAUUUUGAUAAAUGGUGCAGAAGGGAUUGGUACAGGAUGGGCCACAAAAAUAUUACCGCGUUGUCCCAGACAAGUCAUCAGUAAUGCCCAGAGACUUAUUGAUGGACGACCACUACAGGACAUGUUACCACAUUUUCGAAAAUUUCAAGGCACGAUAUAUGAAACUGCACCUCGUCAAUAUAGUAUCUCGGGAAAAGUUUCUUAUCGUCGUUUGAAAAGCGGUCUUAGGGCAAUAAUAACAGAGCUUCCUACUGGAAUUUGGAAUAAUAAAUACAAGGAGAAAGUGCUCGAUUCCGCUAUCAAGAAUGGGAUAAUAAGUAAUUAUGAAGAAUUACAUACUGAAAGUAAUGUACAUUUCAUUCUUCAUGUGAUCGAUAAGCCAUUGUUAAGCGACAAAAAGCAAAUUAAGGCACUCAAUCGACUUUUAAAAUUACGUUCAGUAGCAAGUGAAAACUCGAUGAUCUUGUUUGACGAAAAAAACGUGCUACAAAAAUAUGAUUCCACGAGAGAGAUAUUUCAAGAAUUUUUCGAGGUGCGUCGGCAGAAAUAUAUAGAAAGAAGGGAAUGUGAAUUAGUAAUUAUGGAAGGGAAACUUAAAUUUAUUGAAAAUCAGGUUCGCUUUGUGAAUGCUAUUAUCAAUGGUGAAAUAAUCAUUAAGAAAAAAAACCGUGCAGAAAUUAUAGCUCAGCUUGCUGAGAAAGGGUUUGAUUCGAAUCCGAUGAAAGCGAAAAAUGCUACGGAUGGAAAUUGCAAUCCGCCAGAUUUUGCAUAUUUGCUCGAUAUGCCACUUUGUCGCUUGAGCAAUGAGGAAAUUCUGGUUUUGCAAGAAAAAAGGAGUCAACUCUGGGAGCGAUUCAAAUCUUUGAAGUCAACAACAUGGAGAAGUUUAUGGAGUAUGGAUCUAAAUGUGUUAUCUGUGGCAUUAGAUAAAGAAGAAAGAGUGAUGGGCUGUAUUUGA